GUGCCCCGCCCUGGUGCGAGUGCCGCAGGCCAAUGAGAAACGGCGAUUGAGAGGUGGCGCGGCCAGCUGCGGGGCGGAGUCAUCCCCGGGCCUGGACGGGUGCCCGGCCGGGUCAGCCCUGGACUCGUUGUCCCGCGCAUGGCUGUGUGGGUCUUUGGGGGCCGUUUUGGCCUGCGCGGGCACCUUGGCGCCUGCAGGCUGCGGUGUCUCCGUUUUCAGAGCCGCGGUCCUCAGGACGAGGACGACGGGGACGGGGGACAGUCAUCCUCGAAGGCACGCCGGCUCCCCAAGAUUUACACCAGGACGGGAGACAAAGGGUUUUCCAGCACCUUCACAGGAGAACGGAGACCUAAAGAUGACCGAGUCUUUGAGGCCGUGGGAACCACAGAUGAAUUAAGUUCGGCUAUUGGGUUUGCCAUGGAGUUGAUCACAGAAAAAGGCCACACAUUUGCGGAAGAGCUUCAGAAAAUCCAGUGCACGCUGCAGGACGUCGGCUCCGCCCUGGCCACUCCGCGCUCCUCAGCCAGGGAGGCUCACCUAAAGCACACAGCCUUUGAGGAAGGGACCAUCACGGAGCUGGAACAGUGGAUUGACAAGUACUCCAGCCAGCUCCCCCCGCUCACGGCUUUCAUUCUGCCCUCUGGAGGCAAGAGCAGCUCAGCCCUGCACUUCUGCCGGGCCGUGUGCCGCCGAGCUGAGCGACGUGUGGCGCCUCUUGUCCAAACGGGAGAAACGGAUGCAAAUGUGGGAAAGUUCUUAAACAGACUCAGCGAUUACCUCUUCACCGUGGCUAGAUAUGCAGCCAUGAAGGAGGGCAGCCAAGAAAAAAUAUACAAGAAGCGUGACGUGGGAGACACGAAGAAAUGCUGAGGGACCUUCCUUCACAGGCCCCUUGAGAGGCCACGGUAAACUAGAACAGUCGUGUUGACAGACUGGAAGCAGACCCGAGGUUCAGACUGUCACCUCACACCCCUGCCUUCCCCCCGGGACCUCUGAGACUCUGCUGCCUUCCCCAGGCUGUGCUCGAACACAUGGGACUGAGUUCCGUACUGCAGGGCGGAAAAGUAGACUGAAGGCUACAAAGAGGAGGGGCCCCUCGGCAUUGGGAGUGAACGUGGGGAGGGUUUGAACCUUGCACUCGGGCUGUGUGUGUGUGUGUGUGUGUGUGUGUGUGUGUGUAAGACAGAAAGAUGCUGCUUCCAACUCGUCAGGCUGUUCAAGGAUUUGGAAUGUACCAGAUGCCCCUGGAAAUGUAAUUGUGAUUUACCUGUGCCGACGGGGCUUUAAAUGUCACAUUUAUAGAGGGGAAGGCAGGCAGGCUUGAGGAGUUUAGUCACCUCUGAGCCGCCCAUCACUGCCACCGUGUAGGGAAUGACAGCUGCAGGUCCGCAGGGGUGCACGUGGCAAAUCCUCUCCAGCAGGGCAGGAGGUGGGCAGCCCUCCCCACCGCGGCAGUGGUGGAAAUGAGGUCUUGAGGCCAACACUGAGCCCUCUGGUGUCGCCCUUGACUGGUUUAUGCUCCUGCGAUCCACACCACGGCUGUGUUUUAUUCCACCUGUCACCGCUGCUGCUUCUCACUGUGAAAUGACAUCACCAGUGGCAGCUGUGUCCUUGGGAAGAGGGAUAUUCGUGAAAGGCUGGAGGCGGAGAACCUAAGGCUCCCAUGCCUCGUGGUGGGUAGUGACUGAGGAAGCGCAGGUCCGGGACACCUGAGGACUCGGCUCAGGGAUCUCUUCACUGCACCUGCUAGGUGCACCCUCCAUGCCAGGUGUGGGCGGACUGGCCCCUCUAUGGCUUCCCUGUUGCUCAGUCAGCAAGCAUUUGGUUUCAGCUGCGUCCCCUCCCCACCUUCCUGCUGACAUGUCAGCCGGGCAGCUACGUCUGUAUCUUCUGAAUCCUUUAAAGGGUAGAUGCCCAGGAGGGAGGAGUACCCCCCAGGAGGGAGGAGUACCCCCCAGGAGGCAGCCCUGUCCAGUGCCACUGCAGCCACCAGAGUGAGGCACCGAUUGGAUACGGAGUUGGUGCUGUGUGGAAGACCGGAAACAGGAGCACAGGUUCACGGUGCUUAAGCAUCAUGCUGUUCCGGGCCUGGCCGGGGAAGCCAUGUUCCGAGAGCUUGCAGCAGCCCCUCCACCCUGCCUACAGCCACAGGUCCUCCUAAAAAAGACAGGAUGAACUCAAGAAAAUAGCAACCUACACCCAAGCCUAUGCCCUGACUGCUUUCCACACCCCCCGUCCCCCGCCCCCCGCCAGGGUUUGGGGUGGCUCUCAGGGUAGAUCGCAGCGUUCAGGCUCCAGGCAUUGCCCAGCCUUGUGCACACCACCCACAAUCCUCACGGGGCAAUCCCCGCUGCACGCUAACACAGCUGCAGAACUGUUUCUUUAAAUUGUACCCAUUUAUCAUCGAUCUCUCUCUCUCCCUCUUUGCAUAAUUCAGCCCCUGAAAAUAUUGCAGGAAGACUCCCUGUCUUUUUUAAUUUUUGUAAAUAGCAGUUUUAUUGAAAUACAGUCCCACCUCCCAUAAAGUGCUUUUUAAAAUGGACAGUUCAG